AAGGCAAAGGCUGAAAGCUAGGUUUCGAGAGCUGACUACUUAUUUCUUAGUCUUCCGGCGCCUGGUUCUAGCAUAUUUCCGCCUAGGACUCAGAAAUCCACUUUCUUGCCCUCUUUCCGUUGCAUACGAAGGCAUUCACUUUUUAAUUGCCUCCCUAACAUGGCAACGAUGGGGCCAGACAAACACGUGAGCGGUCGUCGCUGUCUGCAAAGUCGACGCUCUCGAAUUAUAUUGGGGGUCUUUGUUUUUAUUGCCAUUCUCGCGGUCGUUAUACCUCCGGCAGUCGUGGUCACUCUACGCAAGAAGAACAGCAUGGGCCCUAAAGCUAACAUCUUCGUUCCUCUCUAUGUGUACCCUGCACAUGGUGCCUGGGAUCCAUUGGAAGAAGAGAUCUCUUCACAUCCAGAGGCCAACUUUACCGUUGUGAUUAACCCUGCCAGCGGUCCAGGGCCCAAUGCCCUGCCCGAUGCUAAUUAUACCCGAGAGAUUCCCAAGCUCGCCUCUUAUGACAACGUGCGUCUCUUGGGUUAUGUCCCUACAACCUGGGCUAAACGCAACAUUUCGGCCGUGCAUCGCGACAUCGAAACCUACGCAGCGUGGCCGACCAACAGUUCGAACCCUAAGCUCGCGGUUCGGGGGAUAUUCUUUGACGAAACGCCUCAAGAGUAUGAUGCCGAUGCGUUGUCAUAUUUGCAAGGGCUCACCUCAUUUGUGAAAAGCCUUUCUGGUCUUGGUCCAGACAACUAUAUUGUCCAUAACCCAGGAGCAGUUCCAGACUCUCGUUACAUGUCUUCCGCUGACUCGACUGUCGUAUUCGAAGCGGCUUAUGACACCUUCAACGAGCGCAAUGGCACGAAGCAAUUUGACGUUCUUCCGAAGAGCGAUCGUGGUCGCGGUCAGCUCUGCAUUGUGAUCCACUCCGUUCCGGACGCGGUUGAAGGCUCGAACCUUCGUGAUCUCGUCAAGAAGCUUCGCAAGACCGCCGAUGAGAUUUUCAUUACCCACCUGAGCACGGAUUACUAUGCCAACUUUGGGGGCAAGUGGGGCGAAUUUGUCGAUUGGAUGGCUAAAUAAUCCAUAGGGGCGGCGCUUUUCGAGCGUACCUGAUGCAACAUUGCUUAUGAUCAAGGCACGACUGGCGUUGAGUGAUAAUAUAUG